AUGGCUGCAAAACGUGCACGAAGUCCAUCUCCAUCUUCGGAUGAAGAUAGUGUUGUUUUCCUUGGUUCGUUCCAAUCUCAGUCUCCUAGACGUCCUCCUCAUCGACGUCCACGUCUUGAUUCAUCAUCGUCAUCCAAUUCGGUAGUAGUGCUUUCCGUCAAUGGUGUUCCUGUAGCUGGUGCUCCUGCUGGUAGUGUUUCUGUUGAUGGUGUUGCUACUGGUUCGGGUAUGGGUAAUGAUACAUCAGGUAGUGGAGCAGGUGCACCUGCAGUUUCAGAUUCUAACAAUGGCAGUAUGGUUGUGGAUAUGGUAUCAACAUCGGACAUGGACAUGGUGGUUUCCGAGGAGGAUAAUGUUGUUAUGGUUAAUGAAGUUUUAGGUGAUCAGGAUGUGGAAAAUGACAAUAACGGUGAUGAUGAUAGCGAUGAUGAGACUACCGAUGAAGACAAUGCCGAUGACGAAAAUGACGAUGACGAUGAUAACGAUGAUGGUAACAACGAUGAUGGUAACAACGGUGAUGAUCACAAUGGUGAUGAUAACAAUGGUGAUGGUAACAACGGUGAUGAUGUUUGGGGUAAUGACAUGGUUGUGGAUGAGAUGGAUGAGUCUAAUGAAGACAGCGAGGAUGAUGGUGGUAAUUUUGAUAUUGAUGAUGAGGAUUCAGGUUAUAGUAGCGGUGCUGAUGAUAGCGAUGAUGAUGUAUCGGGGGCUGAUGAUGAUGUUGACGGUAAUAACAUCAAUAAUGAUGACGAUGAUGAGGAAGAGUCCGAAGAUGAGGAAGAAUCCGACGAUGAUAAUAAUAAUCAAAUUCAAGAUCCGGAUUAUGAACCCGAAUCCGAUGAUUAUGGAGAAGAUUCCCGGGAUUAG